CAAGUAAACAACUGUAGCUGUCAAACUCCAAAACACGAAGCGGUUAUCGUUUGUCGCACAUGUUGAUCGCAGUUUCGUAAAAAAUACGCUUUUUAUCGUUGUCUACAGCCAUCAUGACCUGCGUCGGCAAGGAGCACAGCUACCUCAUCUAUCGCGGUAGCAAUUUCCUCAAGCAGCGCCUUAUUCUGUCGACCCUGAGUGGGAAACCGGUGGAAAUCCGCGACAUUCGACUGCAGGACGACGAGAGCCCCGGCCUGAGGGAGUACGAAACCGACCUGCUGAAGCUGCUGGACAAAGUGACGAACGGAACGCGGGUCAAGGUGGAUCGAAGCGGUUGCUCGUUCAGCUAUCAACCGGGAUUGUUGCAGGGAGGUACUUUUCAGCAUGAUUGUUGUACUGAGAGGGGAAUCGGUUACUUCCUGGAUGUUCUGGUGGCUUUGGGACCAUUCUGCAAGCUUCCCCUGGAUGUCACACUGGCCGGAGUGACGAAUAGCGCCGAGAGCCCUUCGGUGGAUCACAUCAAAGCUUCGGCCUUUGCGGCAUUGAAACGGUUCCUGCUGGUGGAUGAAGGACUGGAGUUGACUAUCCGGAAGCGGGGAAUUAUGCCCGGAGGAGGCGGAGAAGUGCACUUCAAGUGCCCGGUGAGGAAAACCUUGAAGGCCAUCCAAUGCACCAAACAGACCAUGGUCAAGCGGAUUCGGGGAACGGCUUACUGCUGCAAGGUUUCUCCGGCCAUGGCCAAUCGAGCGGUCGAAUCGGCCAAGGGUGUCAUGUUGAACUUCCUGCCGGAUGUCUACAUAAAUACGGACCAGCACAAGGGCAAGAGAUCGGGGAACAGUCCGGGGUAUGGAGUCAACUUGGUGGCAGAAACGACCGAUGGAAGCAAGUUCUCGGCGGAGGCCAUUUCCAAGACCCUGGAAGACGGGGGAAAGCCUUCCAUUCCGGAAGAUGUGGGGAAAGAAGCCGCAAUGAAGUUGUUGGAUGAAAUCUACCGAGGAGGUUGCGUGGACUCGGCGUUCCAGUGGAUGGUGGCGCUUUACAUGGCCCUGGGACAGAAGGAUGUGUCCAAGUUUUUGAUUGGGCCCCUGUCUCAGUAUUCGAUAUACUUCUUGCAGCAUUUGAGGGAGUUUUUCGGAAUCACAUUCAAGCUGGAGAAUGCCACUGGCGAGGAAGGCGAUGAAGAUGAGCUGGAUGACGAUGAAAUGGCAGGUUCUAACAAAGUGAUGAUGACAUGCGUGGGAAUCGGGUACAGCAAUUACAGUAAGAAGGUUAUUUAGAAUAAAACGUUAAGAUUUUGGAAUGCUAA